AUGAUCGCAGGCUUCAGAGAGAAGCUCCAGCGCGCAAAGGACUUCGCACAAUCACUCCUAGGCCGCAACACCUCUGUCCGAGAACCCAUCGACAGGCCGUCCCCCGAGAACGCGAAUGUCACUACCCCAGACGCAACGCCAGCCAGGAUCAUGACCGAAUCGGCCAAAGACGCAGCCGAGACGUCUUCUCAACAUAGCCUGAAGCGCACCAGUCCUCACAAUGAAAAGGAUUCUGGCGACUGGCAAGUCGUCACGCGGCCAAGCAAAAAGGCGAAAAAGGCUCCGCGCCCAGGGAAAGGCUACCCGGCGCUGAAUUUCUCCAGCAAUUCCCGGCUACAGUCCAAGAUCAACUUGAACAACCUUCGGGACCUGGUCACAUACAUAUUUGCAGACGGCAGCGGCCCGCAAUGGAUCGGCGUCUCUCACAGGCCGCACUUCCGAAAGAUUGUCGCCAUCAUGAUUCCAGGGCUGGAAGAGGCCAUGUUCAAGCACAAUGUCGACUUGGGAACGUACAACGAGGCGAGGGACGACCCCGGCGGGCAGCAGCCAGUCCUCACGUCGCCCGACGACUACUACCCGCGCGCUCUAAAGAAGGAGAAGCUUCCUGAGCCGCUGGCCCCCUUUGCGGACAUGUUCCCUCACCUGUGGCCGGUGAAAACCCCGGGCGACGACAGACAUGGCAAAAUGCAUUCGCCCAUGGCUGCCUUCCUCACGGCGCCAGCGCCCAAGGAGAAGACUUCCAGGCCAGGCGGUGUGAAGCCGGCCCCAGAGCCUCAGGGAUGGAAGAACGACAGGACGCCCAUUACUCAAUUCUUGGCGACGGCCGAGGAACUCGCAGAUAAUGGAUACCUUGUCCACCCGGCUCUCUUGCCGGAAGGCGAACGCCGGGACAACUUCGUCGCACCAGAGGGAUGGGUAAUCACCAAGGUCGACAAGCUCCAAGACGCCCAGGUGCCCGACGCCGAAAUCCAAAAGGGCAGCAUGACGGCGGGUCGGGAGGUCCUCGCCCUGGACUGCGAGAUGUGCAUGACGGGCGAGAACGAGUUCGCUCUCACGCGCAUCAGCAUCGUCAGCUGGGACGGCAGUGUCGUCCUCGACGAACUCGUCAAGCCCGACAAGCCCAUCACCGACUACGUCACGCGCUUCUCCGGCAUCACGGAGGAGAUGCUCGCCCCGGUGACGACGACGCUGCGCGACGUCCAAGCCAAGCUGCUCGACCUCCUCCACCCGCGCACCAUCCUCCUCGGCCACUCGCUUGAAUCCGACACCAAAGCCAUCCAGAUCGCACACCCCUUCAUCGUCGACACCUCCAUGCUGUUCCCGCACCCGCGCGGGACCCCGCUCAAGUCGUCCCUCAAGUACCUCGCCCAGAAGUACCUCUCGCGCGAGAUACAAAAGGGCGGCGCCGACGGCCACAACAGCAUCGAAGACGCCAGAACCUGCCUCGACCUCGUCAAGCAAAAGUGCGAAAGGGGCAAGCUCUGGGGCACAUCCGACGCCCAGGGGGAGAACCUCUUCCGCCGCCUCGCCCGCGCCGGCACCGCGUACAAGGCGCAGGGCGGCGACGCGGCUCUCGGCGGCAUCGAGGUGGGCAAGACGAGCGCCGCCAUCGACUGGGGCGAUCCGUCAAAGGGCCUCGGCGCAGGCGCAACCUACCAGCUGGGCUGCCGCUCCGACGAAGACGUCGCGCGGAACGUCAUCCGCGCCGUCAACGGCGACCCGGACGGCCUGGAGAUCAAGGGCGGCGGCGUCGACUUCACAUGGGCUCGGAUGCGGGAGCUCGAGGCCCUCCAGGGCUGGUGGAACAGGAACCGCGUCCAAGACACCAGCAGCGACGGCGGGCCGCCGCAAGACGCCGCCGCAGCCGACACCACCACGUCGCCGCUGGAGCAGGCCCUCACAAGGCUGACGGAGCGUCUUGUCCGGAUCCACGCCGCCCUGCCGCCCUGCACGGCCAUCAUCGUGUACAGCGGAUCGGGAGACCCUCGGAGGAUGGCGCAGCUGCAACAGAUGCACGCCCAGUGGAGGAGGGAAUACCACACCCCGGGCAAGAAGUGGGAUGAGUUAUCCAUCAAGUGGACAGAUGCAGAGGACCAGGCUCUUAGGAAGGCCGCUCAAAAGGCAAGGUCAGGAAUCGCCUUCCUCUCGGUCAAGUAG